AUGUCCGCCCUCGGAAGCCGCGUCGCUCGCUCUGUGGUCGCUCUUCGACCCCUCCCCGCAGUUCAACGUGGUCUCCGCACAUCGAGCGCUGUUCGUCAGGACGACCCGCACCCUUACGAGGCGAAGGAGCCAAAGCCAAGAGGCGACCAAAACAAGUUGCUUGCCCUUGGCGCUGUUGCCGUUGGAGUCGGAUUCUGGUGGUUCUACCGAGGAGGCAAGCCAGCACCCGCGACCGAAUCGUCAGGCGAAAAGGCUGCGAGCAAGUAG